CAUCGUGUUUUCCUCCUGUUGCUUCAGGGGAGAGGAGAUUUUUAGCUUUCAGAUACAUAGCUGUUUCAUUUUCUCCGUGUUCUUUAAAGUGGUAAUUGGACGUUGCUGCAGUGGAUAGGAAACUGAAGUGCAAUAAUCUGUAGGUUUACAUAUCAAUCAUGCAGCAGUUAGCAAUGUCUGAUACCAGUGCUGAAAAGCCUCAUCCUUCCCAUCACAGCACAGGUGCUGUUCAAAUGAGGAUCAGAAGUGUUAACAGCCCCCAUGACAGACACAGCCAAAGCAAAUCCAUGAUCCUGCCUGAGAAUCUGAAAGUCAUUGAACCUAUAUCCUGUCAUAGAAGGAAUCAUUCCCAACAUAAUUUAACACUUCCUGAGUUCAUUAGCCCACUGGAGCAAACGGUGAUUAAAGAAGGGUACCUUCUAAAGGCAAAAAUAGCAGAUGGAGGCAAGAAGCUAAGGAAAAACUGGACUUCUUCCUGGCUUGUUCUCACUGGUCAGAAAAUAGAAUUUUACAAAGAACCAAAACAGCCAGCUGUUGCCAAUCUGAAAGCGGGAUAUAAAACCGAAUGGGUGGACUUGCGUGGAGCUCACCUUGAAUGGGCUAAAGAAAAGUCGAGCAAAAAGAAUGUCUUCCAGAUCACAACUCUAUCAGGAAAUGAGGUCCUCCUUCAAUCAGAUAUUGAAUUUGUCAUUCUGGAGUGGUUCCACGCUAUCAAAAAUGCCAUUGAGAAAUUGCCCAAGGAGAAAAGUAAGAUGUCAAGAAACAAUGAAUACAAAAUUAUGCGAUCCUCUAGUUCUGAAUUACUGAGUAGCUUUGAAACUGAUUCUAAGGAACCAAAGCCAGAAAACAGAAGGUCUUUAAUUUUCAGACUGAACUACAGCAUUUCUGAUACAACUGAGAUAAAUCGAGUUAAAAGCAGAUUAAAGAAGUUUAUCACUCGAAGACCUUCCCUGAGAACUUUACAAGAAAAGGGGAUCAUUAAAGAUCAGCUUUUUGGUUCCCAUUUGCACAAAGUGUGUGAACGUGAUGGCUCUACAGUCCCAUGGUUUGUGAGAAUUUGCAUAAACGCAGUUGAAAAACGAGGUCUGGAUGUUGAUGGAAUAUACAGAGUCAGCGGCAAUCUGGCAACAAUACAGAAGUUACGAUUUGUUGUCAAUCAGGAAGAGAAGCUGAAUUUGGAUGACAGCCAGUGGGAGGACAUCCACGUUGUCACCGGAGCACUCAAGAUGUUUUUCAGAGAGCUGCCUGAGCCACUGUUCCCAUACUGCUUCUUUGAACAGUUUGUGGAAGUAAUAAAAAUUCAAGACUAUACCAACAGAGUAAAAGCUGUAAGGAACCUUGUACAGAAGCUUCCCAGACCAAACUAUGACACUAUGAAAAUAUUAUUUCAACACCUGCAAAAGAUAGCAGCCAAGGAGAACAUGAAUCUUAUGACACCUCAGAGUUUAGGAAUCGUUUUUGGACCAACGCUCCUUCGGCCUGAAAAAGAGACAGGAUCAAUGGCAGUCUACAUGAUGUACCAAAACCAGCUGGUUGAGCUAAUGCUCAGUGAAUACUCCAAGAUCUUCAGCUCUGAGAAAGACUGACAGACCAGGAAUGUUAUUGAAAACGUUCACAUCUGUCUUCAUAUCUAAUAUUUUUACAUUUCUGUAAACAUCUUUCUAAAAUAUUUCUGUUUCCUUCUAGUGACAGAUGCCUCAUUUUGUGAAAACUUAAUGACAAUUUUGUCUUUAAAUUUCCAAACAUUGGAAGAAAACGAUAUUGUCAACAUUUGCUUAUAUGUUCUCAACAUUAACCCUUUCCAUAUGUCAGAGUCUCUGCCAACACACUCUUCAGGGCAUUGUCGUUUUGCAUGCUUUUAUUCUACAGCUGGGAUUUGACAAUAUGGCCAAAUCCAGAUGAAAUAUUGCUUAGAGGCAUAUGCAGUGGUGCUCCCAGACAAGCAGGGUUGGAGGUUAAUGGAUUUAAAUGGGCUUUUUGAACAAUUAAAUUGGUACUGAUAAUAGUCUAUCACUUAAAAUGAUUUUUAAUGUAUAUACCUGCUCUUGUGUGGAGAAAAAUUAAAGGAAAAAAAAGUUGAACAGCAAUGCCUCCUAGAGAAAAAGUCAAAGUGUCAGAUGUUGCCGUUGGUUUUUGCACAACAAAACAUGAAUUGAAGUGUUAUAAUGAUUCUGUUUUGAAACUUAAGGAUGAAAUUAACUCCUGAACCACUUUUUAAAAAUGUUGCAGCAGCAAUUCAUCAGUUGCCCAAUUGUUCAUCUUAAAUGCAAGAUCCAUUUUGAAUCUUCAUUACUGUAUGAAAGUUUGCUGUUUCCCCAGCUAUACCAUAUUUGGUAGAUUUUUUUAUUAUUAUUAUGCUUCCGAAGAUGCUUUAUUGGUGAACUGCAUUAAAUUCAUCUAGAAAGAACUUUUUCUAAAAAGCUUUUUCAUAUGCCCUUAGGAUUACUUGGCUAGACUUGAAUCAAUUUAUACAUUUGAUGGUUAGUUUCAGUUGUCAUGGAUAAACAAAAGGGUAACUGUCUAGAAUAUAUCAAAUAUUGUUUUAUUCUGAAAUGUAUGUUUCCAGCUAUACAUAUCCCCUACCCCAUUUUCUAAAAGUAUUCCGCUGAUAAAAUGUAGACUUAUGUUUGACAGCUUUUUAAUCAAGUUCAAAGAGAAUAAAUAAAACUAAUCCAGUGUGGUAAAAGAGACUGCCUGGUUAUCGAUUUGUUCAUAAAACGAAAAAUAAACCGUGUAAAUAAAAUGUGUGAAAAUGCAGAUCUAGAAGCAAAUAUUUUGAGCAAUUAAAAAAACCCCUCCAAAUACAGGAUUAAUGCGUAAAUCUGCUGUAUAUGAGAGAUAUGUCUCAAGUAUCAAAUCUAAUAGGAAUUACAAUGUCAUUGUUCAACACCAUUUUACAGCCUGCUACAUUGUUAAGCAGUUGAAAUUGUGCUUUAGAACAAGCAUCAAGGAAAAUAAAUGUACAAGGAUGCUGCUGCUUCAUUAAACAAGUACAGGCUUGAGAAUUAAUGGGGAACAUAUGCAGAAUCCACAAGUGCAAAAGGAACUUUGCUGUUAUGGCACCAAUCACAACGGUUCUAGCAAACAGUGAGUGGGAGAGGGUUUUUCUACAACUCUAGAACUAUGAGAUUUACACAUUUUAGGAUGAAUCUAUCCCAUCUCCAGAGCUAUUGAGACAGCUGUCUCUCCCUCUCUUCAUAAGAAAAACCAUGCUAGACCAGACCAAGAUCUAGGCCAACCUUCUGUCCACACAGUGGCCAAACAGCUGCCUAUGGAAAGCCUAGGAGGAGGACAUAGGUCCAAAUGCACGCUCCAUUUUGUUUAUCGGGCAACUGACAUACCGAGGCAUAGCACACAGAAUAUGCUGAAGAGGUGAAUGUGAUUCUUCUUGUCCCUUAACAAAAAGGAUUUCAUUCAUCACAAUGAAAAGGAACUCAAUACUGUUACUGAUACAUGUGUCUCAUUUGCCAUUCAGUCACUGUACGCAAAAAUGACAUUUCCAUAUGUGAAAAAUGAUUGAAGUUCCUUCACUGUACAUGAGUAAUCACUUCCUAUGUUUCAUAUGUGUCCAUGUUUCUCAUGCCACACUUUUAUAUCAGAAAUCUCAGCUGUGUGGAUUAUGCUGCAUUCGUCUAUCACUGUGAAAUUCUGAUGCAUACAGAAGGUUUGCAGAGGAGUUGUGUGCAAGGCUUAUUUUGGGCACAUGCCAUGCCAUGGGUCAGUCUUUUAAAAGGGCUUGAACCCAGCCUUUGCAGGGAGGGAGGUACUUGACUCCCAGAACCAACCCAAUGGCUAUGAAGCACAUAAUAACAGUGGAGAUGGGUGGGCAUUGUCCUCUGCAGAGAGAGAGAGCCUCUUCACAUUUGCUGGAGCAAUUAAAGGAAGGAGAGAAGGAAUUUGUCAGUUUUCCGCAUGCUUUUUGCAGCCUUUUCACAGUUGUUGCACAUCUAACUACAUCUGUUUCCCCCCCUCAGAGUAAGCUAUUUAUUUUCAUGUUCAUUUCAUUUCAUUCUAGCUCUUUUUAUGCUUCUGUACAAUCAGCUUCUCUGAAUACCUUACACCAGGAAUAAAAUCAUACU